AUGUGCAAUUAUCCUGCACAUCAAAAAAACCCUCUAAUCAGCUCUAAAAAGAAACCUGGCAGACCUUCUAAGCUCUCUGCUCGUGAUAAACGCCUUUUAAUACACACUCCCCUACACAAACAAACUCGGCGAAAAUUAUGUUAUAAUCAUGAGAAUGGGCAUCUAGAAGAUUGGGCCUGUGCAAGCUUCUCAGAUGAGUCCAAUUUUGAGGUUGGCUUGAAUGUAUCAAGCAUAUUUGUACGCCAUCCAUGUCAAUAUCUCCUGCCUACAUUCAAAUCUGGCCGUGUGACAGUAGGGGUGUGGGCUGCUAUAGGCUGGGAUUUCAAAUCAGAGCUGGUUUUCCUUCCACCUGGAGUCCGGAUGAAUUCCUCACACUAUACCAGCAUUCUAUCUGAAUUUGGCUAUCCCCAUUACGAGAGAAGCUCUGAGAAACAUGGAAUUGCAUAUUGGAUAGAUGCUGGUGCGCCUUAUCAUACCUCUAAGGCAGUAAAAGAGUGGACAAAGAAUGUGUGGAUGAAUUGUGAAGAAUGGCCUGCACAAUUCCCUGAUUUAAAUCCAAUUGAGAAUCUCUGGAUGACUAUGAAGCGCCGUGUGUCAAAGAUAAGACAUAAGAUACACUCUACAGAGCAGAUGAAGGAUGAAUUACAGAAGAUAUGGGAUUCUAUUACACAGGAGGAGAUACAGAGUCUUAUGAGGUCAAUGCCGCGGCGAAUGAAGGCAGUAAUUGCUGCCAAGGGAGCACAUCAAAGGCGCCUGGGGAUGAAUGCCCCCUUCUUCGAUUGUUGUGUUUCAUCCACCCAACCUCCUGCCAUUCUGCAAGCUCAAAUUUGCCAGUCAAAUCCCCGCGAAACAAAGCUCCUUAAUACCAAAGGCGAACAUCAAAAGGUACAAGACACGAUGUCCGAGUGUUAUCCACAGCAAAACUCGCCCAGCACUUCAUGCGGAGCCGACGAGCUAGUCUACACCACUCUCGAGGAGCUGCUGCAAAGAAAUCCUCAAACGAGAAUGAGCGACCUGCCUACUGGUACUCGAGUUCUUGUUAACACCCAAUAUUGGGUUACAGUUGGCAAAGAACAGGUCUAG